AUGAAGGUCUCAAUUAUUACUAUGACAUUGGCUGCCUCUCUCGGAAGUGCUUUGGCUGCUACUGAUUACUCCAAAUACCUGACUUUGAACGCAGCAUGUACCGCAAGUUCCACUGAUCCAACAUCUGAUCCAAACAACGCAGUUCUCGAUGGUACCUACGAGACCACCGGUGCUACACCGCCUGGAAACCUCCCCGUUUGGAAGUCAAAGAUCUCAGCUACUUGUGAGAAUUCGGUCGAUUUCACAGUAGACUGGACUGCCAAGUAUGGAGCAGUCUCGCUUUCCACUGUGCGCUUCGAGUGGGGGACUCGUCCAGCGGGAAUGGUUACUCUAGCUGCAGUCAAUGCUGGAGCAGCUACGCCAACCACAGCCAAACUGGUUGCCAACGCGACGGACGGAUACUACUAUCUCAAUGUUGAAAGCACUGGCAGUACUCCAAUGGCCACUGGUGCCAAGCUGACCUUCACUCAACUCAAGGCUGGAGCUGACGGAAUGUGCUACGUCGACCUUGCUGACAUUGAUGCAUACCCUACUACUAGUGGUGCUGCUGGUGCUGGUGCCCCUGCUACUGGUGGAACCACCACAGGAACAACUGCACCAAAGUCGGGGACUACUUCAGUCGUUGCUGGAUACGUCUUUGCGGCAGUUGCCAUAUUGGCAUCUGGUUACCUCUUGUAA